AUGGGCAUAAUCAAGGCUUUUAAUUGCUAUGUUAGGGUUUCAUGGUGAAUGUAGUGACAAAGUAAAUCUUCGCUACAAGAACUUGUAUUGUAAAUGUUGUUUUCAUAGAUGUGCUGCUGAUAAACGUUACCAUUUCAAAUAUUUGUUUAUUGUUCCUCAACGAAAGAAACGAAAGACCCUUGCAGUUUCCAAGUGUCACUCCAUCCGUUCAAGUAUGAUAGAACCCGACUUUAUGACAUUUCGUUCCAGAGAACUAUUAGAAGAGCCAGUUCCGGAGUCAGAAAGCUUACUGAAAGAAUUUCUACAGAGCUGCCCUUUGCGUAUACUUUGUAACAGCAUGUCACAACAGCACACGCAGGUGUUAACAGGGCAAGUUAUUCGAGCAAGACUUCCCAGUAUAGGUUUCUUUUAUUUUGAAAUUGUUCCUGUUAUAGAGUUGAAAUAUGAUACUCCUCCGGGUACACUCAUAGUAAGGUCAAUUUCGUGGGAUUUGUUUGGCUUGGAGGCUUUUGGAUCUCUUCACGAUAAAUUUGACUUGACGCUGUUGGGAGAUUUUCGAACAGCUCAAAAAGAUACUGGAACGGUGCUCAGAGGCAAAGCAGAUUUGGUAAUCAGGUUGCGUUAUUCUUCACCUUUAAAGUCAAUUCCAAGAAAUGUUGUGGAGUCUGUAGGACAAAAUGUUACAGAAACUAUUUUAAGAAAUGUCAAAAAACGAAUUGCAAACAGUGUCGUUGCCGAGUAUUCACAAUGGUUGGCUGAAAGAGCACCUUCUUCUACUGACUCCAGUAUACAUUAGAAUUUUUCAAAGUGAUAUUGAAAGUCGUUUUGGAGCUCUAUCAUAUUUGAAAGAUUGGCUUCGUACGAAAGUGAGAUCUCCAUGAUGUGGUUUGUGAGCGCAAAACUUAAAACUUUUU